GGCGGGUUGAGCUCUCUGUAAGCGAUCUGGCAGUGGAUUGGGCAGCUCUGCUCGCUCCUACCCGCCGCCGGCCAGUUGCGGCGCUCAGUGCUGCGGGUGGCGGCUGCGGUGGCGGAGCGCCCCCAGCUCCCCCCCGGCCGCCGCGGGGGCUCUCCGGAAAUGUCCUUUCUACCUGACUUUGGAAUCUUCACCAUGGGCUUGUGGUCUGUCGGUCUUGGAGCAAUUGGUGCCGCUGUGACAGGGAUUGUCCUUGCUAACACAGACUUAUUUUUGUCCAAGCCAGAAAAGGCUACAUUGGAGUUUUUGGAGGAGAUUGAGCUAAAAACUUUGGGAUCAGAACAAAGAACUUUCAAAGCAGGAGAACUAUGGAAGAAGAAUGGUGCAGUGAUAAUGGCUGUGCGAAGACCUGGAUGAUUUUUGUGCAGAGAGGAGGCUUCUGAGCUUUCCUCUCUGAAACCUCAGCUGUCCAAGCUGGGUGUCCCUCUCUAUGCAGUUGUGAAAGAGAAGAUAGGGACUGAAGUGGAAGAUUUUCAGCAUUACUUCAAAGGAGAAAUCUUUCUGGAUGAAAAGAGAAGCUUCUAUGGUCCACGAAGGAGAAAAAUGAUGAUGUCGGGCUUCUUCCGCUUUGGAGUCUGGCAAAAUUUCUUCCGUGCUUGGAAAAAUGGCUAUAGCGGUAACCUGGAAGGCGAAGGAUUCACCCUGGGAGGCGUGUAUGUGAUUGGGGCAGGAAGACAGGGUGUUCUACUGGAACAUCGUGAGAAAGAAUUUGGUGACAAAGUCAGCCUUCCAUCUGUCCUUGAAGCUGCUGAGAAGAUAAAACCACAAGCUUCAGAAGUGAAAAAAUAGUUGCAUGUUUUUCUGAUCACAGCUUGAAAUGUAAAAUGCAUCUUUUUCUUGAACGUGCAGUUCAAUGGCUUGUUAACUAUUUAGUGAUCAUCACAGAAGAAAGAUUCUCUAUUCGAAUAUAAUUGAUGAAAACCUUCCUUGUUGUUGCUUUGCAACCUUUCGGGUGGUCAGGGUUUCAGUUGGCCUUUUGUGUCUGACUAUUAAUGAAAGGCUAGGUCUAAAAUCUGACGUAGCCUAGAUGUUCUCAGUCAGAGACAGUCGACUGAAAGCCUGUCUGCCUAGGGGAGCUUUGCUGAGGCUGGAGAAAUUGCGUAUCUGUAGAGUUUGAAGGAUAAUAAAAUUUUAUGUAGAUGAAAUGUC